AUGACCACGCGCGUCUACCUUCCUAGACAAGAAACACUUUAUCAAACCACUGGGAUAGAUAGUCUCGUGACAUCUGUUGCUGCGUAUGUUCAAGCAGCAGAUGGGGCACACACGCCGAACAAAGUGGCAUUGAUGUAUCGCGCAUUUUGUGAGGCACUCAUACAAGAGAAUCUCUUGAAAUUGCAUCAAAUUCCCGCCAUUAAUAUCCAAUACCAAGGUAUUUCUUACGAGAUUUGUGCCAGGUCUGUAGAACAAAAUGGGAAAUCCAGAAAACAAGAAGGACAAGAAAAAAGCGCAGGUGAACUUGUCAGACUGCAUUUGGAGAAGCUGUCAACUGCAGAAAUCGACUUUUCUCAGGCUCGCGAGAAGGUAAGACUUGCUUGCUUUCAUCUGGGUCAAGCAUAUGCUCGAUGGAUUUUCGAGCUUCUGCCAACUCUAGAUGCUCCAGUGACGUCGAAGACAUUUCAUCGUGAGGCAUAUCCCAUUGUCCAAGCGCACUUACUCAAGCUUUGCAAGCAGUCGAGUGAGUCAUCCAUACUAAAGCGGCUCGAAAGGGCAAGAAAAUUCUUUCAUAUGGGAUCCCUCAUUGGAGUGGAAACAUUAGCUGAAUGCGAGGACUUGACCGUCAAAAGAAUGGACAAAAUAUCUAUGGAAUCGCUUUCCCUAUUGGAGAAGCAUUGCAAAGAUGAACUUUCCAAGAUGAACAUCACUGGGUCCUGA